UAUUGGAGGGGGAAUAAGACAAGCCGAUAUCACAUGAAAACAGAAAACAGUCCAAUCAUUUGAAGGAAAAAAGCAGUAGUAAAAUCUUGCACUUAUAUUUUAAUUUUAUAUUAAUAAUUAAUUAAUAUUGAGUGCUAUAUUCUUCAAAAUCAGUUUCAUCGCGUCAAGAUCAAGAAGCGGCAGCUGAACAAGAAGCAAAAAGGCGAAUCAACUGAGCAAGUCUUCGCCUCUCUCUCUUCUCUCUGGGCAAUCAAAAGAUCGGAUUUUUCUUCGAUGGCUUCCAAACGGAUCUUGAAGGAGCUCAAGGAUUUGCAGAAGGAUCCCCCGACUUCUUGCAGCGCAGGACCUGUUGGUGAAGACAUGUUUCACUGGCAGGCAACGAUAAUGGGUCCACAGGAUAGUCCGUAUGCGGGAGGAGUGUUUUUAGUCACUAUUCAUUUCCCCCCCGAUUAUCCUUUCAAGCCUCCGAAGGUUGCAUUCAGGACAAAGGUUUUUCACCCAAACAUUAACAGCAAUGGUAGCAUAUGCCUCGACAUUUUGAAGGAGCAGUGGAGCCCCGCCUUGACAAUAUCUAAGGUGUUGCUCUCAAUCUGCUCGCUCCUGACGGAUCCGAACCCCGACGACCCGUUGGUGCCUGAGAUCGCUCAUAUGUACAAGACGGAUAGGGCCAAGUACGAGCAAACUGCUCGGAGCUGGACUCAGAAGUAUGCCAUGGGUUGAUGCCCUCAAGAAUUUAGAUUUGCAUUAUUAUUAUGUAAAAAAUGAUGUGUUGUUUCUCUCUGUUCCUGCAACGGACUGAUGUAUAAGAGUCUUGAAAACUGCUGCAAAAUCAUGCGUUUGAACUGUUGGUAUGGAAUAUCUAUCCAGAGAGACACUGGAUUUGGUUUAUUAUCAA